AGUCGGAAGUGUUCGCGUGUUGCCGGAGUGCCAGGGGGCAGAGCGAGCGCCGCGCGCCUCUGAACGCUCCGGACCCAGCGCCAUUCACGCAGGCGGACCGCGGGCGCACCUGGUGACACCGAGGGACCGCAUCACGACACCGAUACAGCCUCACACAGAAACUCGAGCUCGUUCUGAGGAAUGCGGAGCUUUUAGGAAAACUCCUUAUCAACUGCACCACAGACUUUGAACAUGGCAACGGGCGGCUUCAAGUCAAACGCCACGACGGACUUUUUGGAGGAGUGGAAAGCGAAGCGAGAGAAAAUGCGAGCUAAAAUGCUCGGGGACAUCGCCGAGGCCACCGGUGCCCCGCUGGCUGUCAGCAACAGCACCGCCGGCCGCCACGCCGCGUCUGAUCCUGCGGCCGCCGAACUCGGCUGCAGCCCGGACCGAGGUGCAUCCGCCGGGAACUCCCUCCCCUCCUCCCACUCCCCGGUGGUUCGGUCCGCCUCCGGCGGUGCGAUUAAGAGUCCAGAGGAGGACAUGCAGCCCCCUGCCCACCCCGCCGCUGCCGCCGCCGCCGCCGCCGCAGCCUCUGUACCCGCAGGGAGCGUGAAGAAGCCCCAGUGCUCCUCCCCGGACUUCAGCACCAUGACAGGUAAUGACAGUGACAAGGAGAGCCCGUCUCCCGGGAAGAGCAAAGAAAAGAAGAGCACGGGCCCCAGUGCCAGGAAGGGCAAAGGACAGAUAGAGAAGAGGAAGAUGAGGGAGAAGAGGAGGUCCACAGGUGUUGUCAGCAUGCCCUCCAAUGAGAGUCUUGAUGAGCUUGAUGAUGACGACACGGGGGAAAAGGAACGACAAGAAGAGGACGAGCUGGUUCAGGCGAACACUUUCCAAAACGAAGCCAUGACAGCUGAGCCCACCACCGGCCAACUCGUGGAAACUCCAAGACCUGGCGGCGGACGCCACACUGGCUCCGUCGGAUCUGAGGAGGAGCCGCUCCGAAACAGCAGGCCGCGACGUAGUCGUCAAGAAAGAGAGAGGGCCUCUUCGACUCCUCUGGAGAAGAGGUUGGAGGAUCUGGAAAAGGAGCUGGCCCGGGAGCAUCAGGAGAACGCCAGGUUGCUAAAAGCCAACCAGGACAAAGACGACAUCAUCGUGAAGCUGAAGGACGAAAUCGACUUUUUGAACAGAGAUCUGGACGAUCUGGAAGACGAAAACGAGCAACUCAAACAGGAGAACAAGACUCUGCUGAAAGUGGUGGGUCAGCUGACAAGGUAGAGGCACCAACCUCCGACUCGUCCUUCCUUUACUGUCCAGACAAAUAUCCAUUCUUUCUCAUCUUGUUGGUCGUUUCUCUUUGUGUCAUGACGUUCAAAUGAACCAGGGCCUCCUUCUAUCAUUGUAUUUAAUGUAAAUGAGUUGUAUAUAGGGCAUCGCACCUUUUUUUUUUUAGGUUUUACACAAAACUGAAUGUAUGUG